UGAAGUUGUUUUUUGUUUAUAAACCGUUGGAAAAAUAUUGAAAAUGUUAGACGUUUAUUUACAAGUGGAAGUGCAAAUGUUUUAUAAGUUUUUGAAUCAAAUUUUCAUUGUUCAGUGUAAUUUUUCAUUCCGACAAUCAGAUGAAUUAGAAUUUAUAAUUUGAUUUAUUACAUAUGGUUUUUAAAAGAUUUCGUAUAUACAAUAUCGAGUGAGCAAUCAAAUAAAGUUUUUUCCCACGCAGUAAUUAUGUUAUAAUUUGGUUCGUUUGGUAAAUAAAAGGUAUAUAUCUAUCCUUCAUUCAUAAAGGCACGAACAUGAAUAUCAUUUGCUCGUCUCGCAAACCGGUUCGAACUAAGGGCAAAACUUUAGUCUAUUUAUUUGAGAAAAAUGUACUUUUAUAUUUAAAUAAAAUAAAUUAUAUUUGGUUGAAAUAAAAUUUUUUCUCUGGGUGUAUUAUUUAAAUAUAGCUUCGGGAGUGUUCGAAUUUCCUUAAAAUCGCGAUCGUUUGUAGGGAAAGUAUUCAAUUCUUCUUUUUUAGUUUAUAUAGGUAUGCCUUUUGAAGUGUUUGUAUUUUUUAUAAUUCGAGUGAGUGCGUGUAGUUUUUGCCAGUAUCAUUAACAAGAGUGAAAACAUUAGACAAAUUCAUUGAGAGCAACAACUUUGAGAUGGAGGACAGGCCACAAACGAGUUUAAGGUGUCUACGUGGCAGCAUUAUCAGCAGUUGGGAAAGAGACGAACGACAUCUGGCCAAACUGUCGAUGUGCACGUUUAGAUGGAAACUGACAUCGCGUCUCAUUUUCAGUCGAUACUGCAGAAACGGUUUUAUUGAAUUUACACGACAGUGGAAAGAGACAGAAAGAGCGAGAGAGAUAGAUAGAUAGAGAGAAAAAUAAUUCACCACUAAAGUCACUAUUCUCGAAAUAGAAACGCUUUCAGUUCAAAAUCGAUUCUCAUUCCAAUGGAUCACUGACACAGCACGAAAGUGCAGAGAUCUGGUUUCAUCGGAAAAUAUAUUUACGUUUUACAAUAAUUGCAAUAUGGAAAGAAAUUUGUUGUUGAUUUAAGAAAGUUUUGUUAAAAAUUGAGAUCGAAUGGGUAUUUGUGAAAAUUUAUGUUCGACUUGGCGACGACAAAUGUAUAUAUACACCAAUGUGGAAAACUGAUCAUAGAAUCUGUGACGGUUUUAAUACUAUGCAAAUGAAGCAGUCGAUUUUGAGACCUUAUUACGAAUGGAUAGCAUUUCUUACAACUUGUGCAUGUUCCAUCGUAUGAAAUUCACAUAUUUUACAGUCGAGAGCAUUUUUCAAAUUUAUAUGUAUUAUAGGUAUUUGAAAUUUAUCCCCAAAUCAUGGAUUGCACAUUUUUCUGAAUAUAUAUACACACGUAUGCUUUUUGUCAAAAAAAAAAGAAAAGAAACUGUUUUGCUUAUCGUGUAUAUAUUUUCGCUCAUUCAAAAGAAGAGUGAUCAAAAAACGAAACCAGUUUCAUGUGAUACCAUUUUUUAUUCACUCAUUGGAAAAGCGAUUUUACAUGCAUAGAUAGUAAAAAAAAGAAUCUUUUACUUUGAGAGGAAAUUAUAACAUGUAUUUCACUUCAAAGGGAAAAUAUAUAUUUCAAAUUGUAUAAUGGAAUUAAUGAAAAAGCAAAACUAGCGUAAAAUGUGAAUGAAUUUUUUUUAAUGCUUAUACUAUAGCAUUCUAUUUCUGAUUUUAUAUGAAUUUUUUUAAACUUUCAAAAGACUAAAUAGAAUUAAACGUAAAAAAAAGAAAAUGUAAUUGAAAGAACAGGAAAUGUCAAAAAUAGAAAGUUUAUUUCAUUAUUUGUCAAAAACUCUUAAUUAUCAAUUAAUAUACGUAUAAGGAAGUAAUUUGUCUCCCCCAUAUAAUUAAAAUUAAUUCGUUAAUAUAGUUUACUAUUUCGAUAAUUUCAUAAAAAAUGAUAGACAUCAGUUACCAUUAGACUCAAAAUAAUUCAAGAGGAAUUGUUAGACAAUUUUUGUCAGUCAAAGAAGUUGCUUGUGAACAAUGAAGUUUAUUAGAAUAUAUUUUUUAUGUUUUACUUUGUGGAUGAAAAUUUUAGCAGUACAUUCAACAAUCAGUCUAGAAAAACCUCCUGUAACAAAUUACUUUGAUGGACUUGUAAAUUAUUUGAAAAAUAAACCUAAAUUGCAUCAAGUUGUGUUUAUUCUUGACGAUAAAUUUAACAAUGCGGACUCAAUGAUGAAUUCUCUGAUAAAAACUGUCGAUACACACUUUCCGUCAUUCACCCUCAACUAUGAUGAAAUUCUAGUUUGGUUUAACAGAGGCUCUACAAACAGCAUCAAAUCGCAUUCAAAUUACAGAAGAACAACAUUGUUUGUUUUUGCAGCAAAUAACGAAAUUAGUAUAGAAUUAAUUAGCAAAUAUCUGGAUAGGAUAAAUUCUAUGACACACUUAUCGCUACCAAGAUGUUUAAUUAUGAAGUCUUUUACUUCGACUCAUAACUACCUAAAUCAUACUUUGUAUUCAUUUUGGCGAAAGAGUUAUUUGGACAUUACAAUUAUGACGUACAAUCGACAAACUCAUAUUGAACCAUUUUUGAGUCAGCUAAAUCCUUUUCUAAACAACUACACUUCUGCGAGAAUAACAUCAAAAAGUCAAUGGUUCCCUAAUAAAGUACAGAAUUUAAAUGGAUACAAAAUGUUUUUUAAUUUUUAUACCAUUUCUGGUACAUUGAAAGAAAGACUGGAGACAAGAAAAAAAAUUACUGAAAUUUUUGAACGAAGCAUGAACUUUAAGCAUACAAUGGAAGCUCCAGAUGUAUGUAAACUUCAUUAUUUAGGAUUUCGUAUACAGAAAUAUACUGAUAAUAAUGUUGAAUCUGCUUAUAAUUCUCGGAAUUUACGUAUUUUAAAAAUUGGCAGCAUUAAAACUGUAAUUCCAAAAACGAAAAAAUUUACAAAAGUUUUAACUUUUUCACCAGAACUUUUAUACAUGAUUUGUGGAACUGUUGGCAUAAUUGUCGUCAUUCGACUCUCAGCAUUCUUGAUGAAAUUCAACAGGACUACAUUGCAAAUUUUGAACAUAAGUCAAAUUAUAAUGGGAAUGCCUUCAAAUCAACAACCAAAUUAUUUAUUAGAGAGAAUUGUAUUCGGUUCUUUAUUAAUUGCGUGUAUUUUUUAUACAGGAUAUUUUUAUUCAGUAAUUUUGGACAUUAGUUUUCAACCGGAAGAGGAAAUUUCAAGUUUAGAUGAAUUGGCUAAUUCGUCUUUGAUACCGUUUAUAAAUGACGGAUUUUGCUUGCGCUUGAAAAAUAGUUCUAUUCCUGUUAUUAAGAAAUUGGGGGAUAUGUGUCUGAAGUCAACAUUUAAAACAGCAUUGAUUAAAAAUUAUUAUUGUUUAGAUUACUUAGUUGAGCAUAAUAAUGUGAGUUGUAUGUAUGCUGAUGCUGAAUAUCAUGUAAAUACGUAUUCAGCUAAAAAAGAAAAGGAGUUAAAUGUUAAAAUUUUGCCAGAAGUUGUUGACUAUUAUACUUUUCAUUGGGUGGUUGCUAACAAUUCACCAUUCACUGAUCGUUAUAAUGAAAUAAUUUUGAGAGCUUCAGAGUUUGGAUUGUUUAAUAAUUUUUAUAUAUCAAAUCUAGUGGCUUACAGAACUCGUUCGUCGGAAAAAAUUAACAAAGAACAAAUUUUUUUUAUAACAUAUUAUGUCUUGGGUUUGGGAUUCUGUAUUUCUCUAAUUAUUUUUCUUAUUGAAAUACUUAUAAAUAAAUUCAAAUUUAGAUUGAGAUAGUAUUAAUGUUAAGAAGUGUCAAGCUCACUUGAGUACAGUUAGUACUACUUGGAUAUUCUGUAGAUGCAAUAUUUAGUUUUAAGCUGUAGAACAAGUUUGUAAAGAGAAAAUUUUACGGUGAAAACAUGUAUAGCUAGUAAGACAUAAGACGAGUUUAUAAAUAAAAAUUAUUAGUUUGUCAAGAGUCUUCAAUAAUUUGUUAUCCUAAUAUUUAAUUAAAUGGGUCAAUAAAAUUGUUUGCUUAUUGACAAACCGCUCAGGCACAAAUUUUAUUAAUGAAAUAAACAUCAGGUAAUACUUAAAUUAAAUUAUUUAGAACUAUAUUUGACAGUAUGCAUAAGGACAGUAUUUUAUGACGCUGAAAAUUACUGGAUUAUGCCCUGAAAAAAUGAUUAUUAUGCGAAAUUAUGCGUUGAAAAAUUAAAAAGUGCGAAUUGAUGUUUUUGAAAGAAAAACGUUAUUAGGACCAAAAUAAAGCUUCUAACAUUAGGUUAAUUAAAA